GUGUGUGUGUGUAAGUAGGUGUGUGCCUGUGUGUGUGUACGUAUGUGUGCAUGCCUAUGUGGUGUGUGUGUGUGUGUGUGUGCUUUAGGGUUGGUUUUGUGUGUCCACUUCGCUUUAGGCACGGUGUGUGACAGACAGUGUGUGUGUGCGCCCGUGUUCUGUGCUGAAGGAUUCACAGUAAAGAGAGAGAGAGAGAGCGAGAGUGAGAGAAUGACACACAUACACACACACACACACACACACACACACACACACAAAUACUGUAGGAAGGACUAUGUAAGAGGUCGAAAAUCACUUGAAGCCGAAGAGAGAAAAAGAGCUAAAGAGUCAGAGAGAAUUAUGAAGACAAUCAGAAGACAAAUGAGAGCCAAAAAACAUGAACUGCAGAAGAAGAACACCUGUGAAAAGGAAAUUAAGCGCCAAGGACGGGUGCGCUAACAAAAUCAAUCACACCAUAAUGGAGGACUGCUCAUCCUCUCAAUCCCUCUCCAACCUCCACCAUCGCCAUCGUACUUCCUGUCCGCUCACCAUGCCCUGCUUCCAGAGCUCUAAAGCGGGGUGCCAGCCCGCCCCGCCUUCCCAGGAUUCCCUGGAGCCGUAUGGGAGUAAAGGAGAAGAGUCCCUAGGCGCACUGUUGAUGUCAAAUCCCUCCUUUGGACCGAGGAGGGGGAGCAAUGGGGGUGACAGGGUCUUCCUAAGCACCAGUGGUAGCAGUUUGGACGGGGAAACUAGUUUAGGAGUCCAUUUCGAUGCAAACAACAGAUUAGGCACCACGAGUCAUUUUGAUGACUCGUGGUAUGAAAAAAAAGAAAUAUGGGAUGACAGGGAGGGUGAAAGCCCUGCAGACAACUUCCAUGGUAAGACUGAUUGCUACGGUAACACAAAUGAUGUAUUUUACACAAUGACCUCUGCAGUGGAGGAAGGUGAUGGACAGAGGACCAGAGCAAACUAUAAUAACUACGCCCACGCUGGUUUAGAGGUUAAAAGUGAACCAGUUUACGACAGAAACAUGAACCACUUUACUAAACAAACUACGUCCUAUAACAGAGGUGGUGCGGGGAGCGCUGAUUACUGUAGGGCAGAUUCAGAGGUCAGUGAUAACUAUUUAGGAGGAGAGGAGGAUUAUGGCUCCAGCUGUGGCUCGGGGGAGGAUCAGCUCCAACCGGCCGAGGCUGAGGGACCAUGGCUCAGCAUCUCUCCCACGACUCAGGCAGAACGCAGAUGGAGAGAGCCAACAGAGACCCGCUCUUUGGCUUCAGGAUACGCUCCACAGAGAUCCCCCGUCGGGGUCAGUAACCAGGCGUACACUCAGAAACUGGACUCUUUCUCCGACGCUUUCCUCUCCCAGCGAAAGAGAAGAUUCGCCAUGAUUCCCGGUGGGAACUCCUCCGGACAGAUCUGGGAGUACGGAGUUGGGAAAGUGGAAACCUCAAGACAAAGCUGUGCUUUUGACUCGGACACCUACCUGCCUGCUGCCACAUCCUCGUCCUCCCCCGGUUAUCCCUCUCUUCCAUCUUUCCCGUCCCCUCCCACGUCGUCUCACCUCAUGCCCUUGGUUCUCAGCCCUCCUCCCACACCUUUGCCUCCUCCGUCCAAUUCGCCCUCCAAAAUGGACUCUCCGGGUGCUCCGGUGGGGAACGCGCUCUCGGUUCCUCAGGGGGGCGAGUCGGUCAGUGGAUUUCAGUUCUUCGCACCCCGCUUUCCGUCUUUGCCUGCCGUCGCCUCCUCUGGGAUGAUCUGGAAGUUUCCAGUGCUGCCGCACUGCUUUCCACGCGUGCUAGGUGACCCCGGCAUUAACGAGGGCAGCCUGAGGUCCUGCCCCGGGGACGACUACAGCAACGCUGCAGCCAAAUGUGACCUUCUUCAGUCUCCUGAAGCGUCAAAUAACACCUCUUCAUCUCAACGCUCAUCCCUCCACUCGUCCAUAUCUCCCCGUCCCCCCAUUAGCCCAUCCUUUCAUGCCUCUCUUCAUCUUCCCGUUGGUCCGUCCCACCUCUCUGACAAUCGUCAACCUGCAGAAAAUACAGACGCUUCCAAAAUGAUGGAGAAGGUAAAGAAGGAGCCAGUCGGUCUGCCCCAGUCACACUUGCAGCAACAACCCACUUCAGUCUUUACUGGAAUGCCAUUUCCAAGCAUCCUUCACUCCAAGAGGGCUCAGAUUAGGGCUCGCUACACUCCUCGGCCCCUCCUCAAUCCAGUCCGGCAGGGAACAGGCCUCUACUCCUCCCUCUCACCUCUCCAUCACAGAGAGGACGAAGCAGCCUGUGGAGAGCAGGAUGAGGAGUGUUUUGGGUCGCCGCACGUUAACGUGGGCCCUGACUUCCAGGCGGAUGUUCCUCCUUGCUUUGGGGAGGCCGGGUUGUCGGGCUCGUGGCCCCCGGAGGAAGUGCAGGAAGAGCUGCUCUGGAAACCGUGGGAUGAGCUGAACGAAAGCGCUCCCAUGCAAGACCAAGUGGGGAAGCUGUUGUCCAUGUGUAGUUCCAGCUGUCUGCCAGGAGGAGGCAGUAACACCGAGCUGGCUCUGCACUGUCUGCACCGUCGUCAGGGCAACACUAUGGCCACAUUGGAGAUGCUGUUGUUCUCACAGGACUUGCCAACAGGAGACUACCACUAUUCAGGCUGUGAUUUUUGGACAGACGCUGAAAAGAGAGUUCUCAGUGAAGCUCUCGGGACUUAUGGAAAAGACUUUUCGCUCAUUGCAAAGAUGGUAAGGACUAAGACUGUGUCUCAGUGUGUUGAGUUUUACUACCUGAGCAAAAAGCUUGUGGACAAGCAGAAGAAGCAUGAAGAGGAGUAUAAAGAUGGAGAUGUGGCGCUGCAGAAAAAUGUGCCGCCCAUCUUUCAGCCAGUGGACAGACAGCCGGGGCUGGAGGAGGUGGUUCCCGUGCCCUCAUUGGCCAGCUUCUUCCCCUGCAAACUGUGUGGGAAAAUGUUCUACAAAAUCAAGUCCCGCAACGCUCACAUGAAGAUCCACCGGCAGCCUCAGGACGACUGGAGCGACAGGCGGCUGCAGCACCAAAUCCUCAGGCAGCGCCUGGCCCUCAGUCAUCCCACCACCCUGAUGCCCAGCCCGGGCAGUAAUCUGCUCCCAGCCCAGGCUCCGGCUCUGACAUUCUCCUCCUCUGGUCAUGCACCGAGCACCAAGAGCAAUGCAGACAAUGCUCACAACUCUGUAACCAAUAGCAACCCCAUUGCUCAAAGCAAUACCGGUAUCCUAGAUGCUGUAACUUACAGCAACAGCGCUCCCCCAACCUCCCAUGAGAUCCCUAUCAAUAACGCUGACGGUGACGUCUCCAACCGAAGAGAGACACACACUGUCCUGCCCUUCCACCAGUCGUGGGGCUCCUUCGGACACCCUUCAGACCUCGGCACCUUCUUCGGCAUCCCAGAUGGAAAGGAAUAUUUGGGAACUGGGUCAGCGGAGGGCAAAGAACUGAUCAGCUGGCAGUAGUGACUGACCCUCCAAAAUAAAAGCAUUAUAAUCACAGAUCUGAAUUCCAACGUCAUACUAUAUGCUUUCAAACUCAGAUGUUAAUCAAACUGCUUUUUUUCUCACGUAAAAACUCUGAAGAAACAGAUGGUACAAAUCUAUUGUUGUAAAUUUUGUCCUUAAAUGUGUCAAAUAUUUAAAUUUUUUAUAU